ACUGUCAUUGUCAGUGUCAAAGUUUUCACUCGCGUCAUUCAUUACUUAUCAGAUCGGUGUUUUCUAUUUCAGAUUUGAUAAUAUUUUUUUGAUAAUAUAAAACUUAUUAAACAUGAGCGGCGAAGGAAUUUCACCACAGGAAAUCGAGGCUUUAUGCCAAACCCCGGAUCCUUCUACCAAGGACUUCCUCUUCCAGCAAACGAUGUACCGGAUCAAAGAUCCAAGGAAAUCCAUUCCGUUUUACACCGGUGUGCUCGGUAUGACACUGCUGAAUCAAUACCACUUUCCGGAGAUGAAGUUCUCUCUGUUCUUCAUGGGAUAUGAGAAUCCCGCUGAUGUGCCCAGAGACCCGAGUAUGAGGAGGUCUUGGGCUAUGACACGGAAGGCCACCGUGGAGCUGACAUAUAACUGGGGCACGGAGAGUGACGAAUCGACUUACCACAAUGGUAAUUCGGAUCCGAGAGGUUUUGGUCACAUUGGUAUACUAGUGCCCGAUGUGGAAGCUGCCUGUGCCAGGUUCGAACAGCUCGGAGUGAAAUUCAUAAAAAAGCCGCAAGAUGGAAAAAUGAAGGGUUUGGCUUUCAUCCAAGAUCCCGACGGCUAUUGGAUUGAAAUAUUCAGGGCUGAUGUCGUUUAGCCAUCAGGUACGGUAAACGUUUCGUUAUCUGACCAUGUGUUACAGUAACCGUCAAUUUUUAAAUGAUAUUUUUAAUUAUGAUGUUACAUAACUGCACACUAGCGCCACCGUCACAAUUUUACCAAUUUCCUUUGUUUAUUGGCGAAAACUAAAGAAUACUCUUUCCAAAAUAUUCUACAACUAGAUGUUGCCCAGGGAUACGUUCCCGUGGGAGUUUUGUGAUGUAAUAUAGCCUAUAGCAGUUUAGAUGAUUUUUUGAAUGACAAAUGCUUAAAGUAGAUUUUGACUGGUUUAAUUGAUGUUGACAAUUUAUUAAUAUUUGUAAAUACAAGACAGAACAUAGUGAUACUUACCUGCCCGUUGAUUUCAGCUGUAUUAUUUAAUGUACCUAUGUCUCACAAAUAAAUAUUCUUAUUCGGAUAAUGCACCUUUACAAUGGUGAAAGAACUUUUGAAAUCGGUUCGACACUUUCGGAGAUUACCCGCCUCAAACAUACAAACUCACAAACGCUUAACUCUUUAUAAUAAUAGUAUAUAUUACUUUUUUCGCUAAUAGACAAAAUAAAUUGGGAAAAAAUAGUGGCGCUAGUGUGCAGUUAUGUAUCACCUUAAAGUAUGCCCGAAAAUGUAUUUUAGCCGUUAAUUAUUAAUAUGGCAACACUCAACUGGUCAAAACGUUAGCCGUUAAUUAUGAAUAUGGGAAAUAUGGCAACACUCAACUGGUCAAAACGUUGUUUAUAGUUAAGGCGCGAUCUGACCACACACUAUAGCCAAUAAAAUGCUCUAUCAGAUUUGUCAAGAUCGUAUUUAAUUUUGCGCUAAGAAAUGAGAAAAAAAAAAGUUAGCGUCGUGGUGGCGCUAGUGUGCCUUAACAAGAUUAUUUUUCGCUUUAUGUUUAAUCCAUUUUUUUUUUUUAAUGUUGAUUAUAUAAUCGGUUAUGCCAAUGCUGAAUAGGGUUUUAAAAUAUGUUUUUUUUUGUCCGUCAACAAGGUUGUACUAAAAUGCCUCUCAAAAAAGUUAAAAAUGUCGAGGUUGUAAAUUACAAUUUACACACUUCACAAGUCGUUUCACAAUCUAUUGGAAAAUAACUAUUAUUGUUAAUUGAAAUCUAAAAUUGACACAUGGUCGCCAUACUUGCUUUAUUUGGUUAAUUUUGUAAUUAUGACAUUUGUUGUUGCUUUUUUUAAAAAAAAAAACAAUAUUUUUAUAAAUUUUAUAUAAUGUUAGAAUCGGCUGUUAAUAAUGUGUUUACAUUUUUUUUUUCGUUAAAAAUGAGACAUUUCAUUUUCUGACAACUUUAAUAUUGACAUUUGCAUGGGGCGUUAUAUAUCUAAGUAAAUAAUUGAAAAUAAUAAUCUAUAAAAUAAUUCAAACAACUAAUUCAAUUGAAAUAUCUCAUUUUUAAACUUUAUAAUACAUGUAAGUGUAAGUUUUUAAUAUCAAUACAAUAACAUAUAUACAAUAGUCUAGUUGUCAAUUUUUCCUUUUUUUUUAAAAAUAAAUAAAACAUUAAAUAAUUUUGAAGGUCCUUAUACUAAAAUUACUUUGAUAAUGACAAUGGCUGGAACUCCAAACUCGUCCAAGCGCUCAAUACCUGAAUGGCAAGAACAAGAGUAAAAUUUCCCCGAAGUAAGCUAUGUUUGUUCGAUGUUAAAAUUUUACAAUAAUUUUUAUUAAGAAGCCAUUACUAUAAACGUAAUAUAUAUUAUAGCUGCGUUAUAUAUAACGUUAUAGUAAUGACUUAUAAAAAAAAAAUAAUAAAAAAUGUUACAAUAUUUUAGUUUUUAUAAUGGUCGAGUUUGUUUUUAUAAUUUCAUACUUUUUUUAAAAUGGACUUUCCAACCGAUUUUAAAUCUUCGUAUUUAGAUCCAGCUGCAUUGUUACAGUCUAUGGAUUAUCAUAACGAUCCUAAAUAUAUCUAUUUUAUCUAGAUACAUAUGUUUUAGAAUUCUUUGACCUUGUCAACUACCCUAUUAUUUAUUACAUAAGUCCAAUACGAAUAUAAUAUGUGCAAUCAUUAUACAAGGUAAUGUAAUUAAACUGUUAAAAUCAA